AUGGCCCCAGCAUCAAAGCAAAAAUCCAACGUCGCCCUUUUGACGGAAGGAGCGUCGUAUAUCCAGCGGGCGAAGAAGGCCAGGAAGGAUCAGGUGGAGGAGAUCAAAUUUGACGAUGAGGCUAGACGCGAAUGGUUGACAGGAUUCAGCAAGAGGAAGAAGGCCAAGGUCGAGGAGAAGAGGAGCAGAGCAAAGGAGAGAGAGAAGCAAGAACAUUUGGAUGAGAGGAAAAAGGCUAGGAAGGAACUCAGAGAAAGAGCCGCUGCCAACGUCAAGUCUGUUCGUCAAGCUAUGGGUCUUGUAGACGAGAGCGAAGAUGAAGACGAAAACAAUGAAGCUGGACCUUCAUCAGCCCCUGUGGAUGAGGAAGAAGAGUUUUCAGACGAUGAUCAGAUCGCCACCGUCACCAUCACCGAAGACUUUGACCCCACCACCACAUCUUCCUUCAUUCCCACCCGCUCUUCCCAGUCGCCCGCACCUGAACAAGUCGAGGCCCCUGCACCCGAAGUGAAAAAGGUCAAGAUGCUUCCUCCUUCGUCCAAACGAGCCCAGAAGGCGCUGGACAAGAAGAAGGCCCAAAGCAAGGAUGGCAAGAAGGUCGGUCGAACGACUUCUAUGGAAACAAAGGCGGAGAGGAGAAAGGGCAAGGAGAUAGAGUCGAGGAAGCGAGGCAAGAAGGCUGCUUUGGCUAUGGAGCGAAGGGGAGGCAAAACGUCAUCUACGCGAGGCAAGCCAAAGGGCAAGGGGAGGCGAUGA